AUGACUGGCGUUGGGGUUUGUGGGAGUGUGUUUAGUGAGUCCACUACGGUGGUUGUUGAGGAGUGGUUUUGUGGUGGCAAGGCCUCUGAGGUUGGUGAGGUGGAAUUUGAUGUGGGGCAGGUCAAAGAGCGGGUAUGGCGGAAUGGGGGAGGAUGGCAUGGUCAGGGAUGGAUUGGUAAGGGGGAUUGGGCCGUCAACAGAACGAGUGUUGGCGUCGUUGGACAUUGUUGUUGUUGUGGGGAGCAAUUGGUUUGUGUUGAUAUUGAUGAUUCGGAGACGGAGAAGUUUGCAGGGUCUGUUGCUGGCUUGGCCUGGAACGGAGGUCAAUGCCCAAUUUUUAGUGAAUUUCAGGUGUUGUUGAUAUCUCCAUUCAUUGCAAUGCAACACAAUUUUAAAUACUCUUAUGAAGCUAUAGUGGAUGGAGCAAAUAUCGGUGAUCACAAACAAAAUUUUGCAGAUGGUGGAUUCGAUUUUUCUUAG